GCUUGCUUCGUCAUCCCCGAGCGACGAAUCGCGAGGGGCGGAGGGGGAGAACUAUGGCUUCCGCCGCGCCCAGGAAUGCUUGUUCGGGCCGGCUGUUAUGGCUUCCGUUGCGGGUGAGACUGGCUCGAAUCUGCUUGAGGUCUCCGCCCCGCUAGGGGAUUCUUUUGAAGAGGCGGUCAGAGAGAUCCUGAGAGGCUCUCUGCGUUCGCUGCCUACGUUAGUGGAGCAGCUUAAUCUUGGAGAAGAUGUGGUGAAAAUUAACAUCGACUGGAGCAAGCUUCAAGGUGCAUCAUCCAUGUUGCUCUUUACUGCUCUUCAGCAGCAUAUCUCAGCUUUACAGCCUUUUAUAGAAAAACUAAAGUCUUUGAUUAAAGAAGAAAGCACUGUACCCGUUGAUGAUUCCAAUAAGACAGACGGCGGAAAGUGUGAGACUAAUUCAGAUGUAAUUGAAAAAGACAGGCAGAUGAAAGGAACACAUGGAGCCUUUGGUUCUUCAAGCCUGAAAGAGGCUCAUGUUGAUUUUGACCCAGAAGUAGUCCAAAUAAAAGCUGGGAAAGCUGAAAUUGAAAGACGAAUAUCAGCCUUCAUUGAAAGGAAACAAGCUGAAAUCAAUGAAAACAACGUCAGAGAAUUUUGCAAUGUUAUUGAUUGUAAUCAAGAAAACAGUUGUGCAAGGACUGAUGCAGUGUUCACACCUUACCCAGGAUUCAAAAGUCAUGUGAAGGUUUCUCGAGUUGUAAAUACCUAUGGCCCUCAGACUAGGAAUGAAAGUGCGCAUGGGUCCAGUCAUAAAGCUAACACCCUUUCUCGGGUUUGUGGGAAUCAGGCUGUAGAAGAGAGGCUGCAAAAUAUUGAAGCACAUUUAAGGUUACAAACAGGUGGACCAGUGCCAAAAGACAUAUAUCAAAGAAUAAAAAAGCUGGAAGAUAAAAUUCUUGAAUUGGAAGGGAUGUCUCCUGAAUAUUUUCAAUCUGUGAAUAUGUCUGGCAAAAGAAGGAAAAUCCAACAAAACCAAAACUAUUCUUUGGCUGAACUUGAUGAGAAGAUCAAUGCACUUAAACAAACAUUGCUGAGAAAAACAAAUGAAGGGAGGCCCAAGGCUGUUGGUCAGCUUCUUUGAGUAUAGUGAUGUGACUUCUUCAUGCUUUCAUGUGUAUUUAACUCCUUUAGACUGUCUGAGUGCUGUUUAUCUAGGCAUUGUGUGGCAAGGAAAUGAAACAAUGUGUAUGAACCAUUCUAAUUCUUAUUGGAAACCUAGAUCAAGUGAACUUCUUUGUUUCUUCAAAGUGAAGAAUGACUUCAGCAUAGCAUUAUAAAUAUCUCUUCCCUUCUGUUGGAAAGGAGGGUUUGCAGAAAUUACUAAUAAAAAGAAAAUCAUACUUUUGUAUGUGAUGUCCAUGGAUCAGAAUGCCUCUUUAAAUAUAGUUCUAUCCAAAGACUAAAAUGUGAUUGUUCAUAUAAUUCACACAGCUUUGUGAAAUAGAGUUAUAUGUAGAAAAAUAAAGCCAGUUUGCAGUUAUCAUGAAAUUGCCUGGAAUUUUGGUGGUGCAUUUAAUGGAGUCAUGGGUCUCUUGAUGGAGGAAGGUUGACCAUUCAUCAUUAGGUAGGGGAAUCCUUCAUGAGUUAAUAUUGAAUGGCUAUAGAAGUGAAAUCCAUAUGAAAUUUCAAAAGAAAAAAUAGGUAAAUUAUCCCCUUCAAGGAACCCUGUUACACGAUAUAAAACGAAUAGUCUUUCCAUCUGAACUACUUUCACAGUGGCUUUUUGAAGUGUCAGGCCCAAAGUUUUUGCAGUCUUGCAUUGACAUUGUAGAAAUGCAAGACAUAAUAGUCAGUAUCUAUACUACAGCAUUCCUGAUAGCUGGCCAUCCAGCCUCUGCUUAAAAACCUUUAAGAGAAGAAUAGAAGUGUGUUUUUUUAAAAAAAAUGUUAUGACCAGUACUACUGCUAUGGUCAUGAACACUGACAGCAGGUGUGUUGAGUACGAAAAAGGUUGGGUGUGGUGGACUCUUUGUUAAAGUCCUGUCUUAGCUGUAAAGCUCGGUGGGGUGGCCUUGAACAAAUUGUUAAUUUCUUAGCCUAAUUUA